AUGGCCCUCGACGAAGCGGGAAUGCACCGGGCUGGCCUCGCGUUCCUCUACAGGAUUGUCCCUGUGUUGGUAGCUACUGUUCUCUAUGGAAUCUACGUCGCGAUCUUGAGUGUUGCUACCCGAGGGUUAUGGCAUAGAGGAUUAAGGAACCCGUACAAUGCCUUGAUCCUCGGUGUGCUCUACCUCGUAUUUUGUCUGAGCAGCGCGCUUUGGGCAUUAGAAGUCGCACAGCUCAUCGGCCUCGUUGACCUCCUUCUAUCGCCCGGUACGCUAACUACCGAUGCGCUCUUCAAUCGCUUCUAUGACCUCAUUGCACGCGAGACGAGAGUGACCGGUAUACUCUUCCAGUCUCAGAUGGUGGCUGGUGACAUCCUUGUGAUCUGGCGCGCAUCCGCUAUAUGGCAUGACCAGAGAAUCGUAGUGCUGUUGCCAUUGUUCUGGUGGACGCUCAUGAUUGACACAGCUGCUGACGGCGGCUUUCAGUGGCCCUUCUACUUGGGUUUGUACGGGAACUACACGAUCUGGAACUAUGCCGUCGGCGGCGCAGUCUGCUCCAACAAGCUCACCCCGCUUUCCGACAUUCCCGACGUCUCCUCUGGUCAGCAAGCGUGGUUCGUCCAAGACCACGUCGUGCGCAACGGCACCAGUCACCAGAAGCUCCUUCUUGAUCCCGCCUCGUUCAUCGUCAUCAUAUUCGUGGGCACGAACGAUGUCGGGGUGAACAGCUUCGUCACAAACGACCAGGGCACGAAUGUCUCCCUACCCAAUGUCGCAGACUGCCAGCUCGACACACUCCGCCAGUUGCACGCGCUCGGGGCACGUCAGUUCAUCGUGAACUCGCUCGUCCCGCUGCAGCUUACGCGGCUCUAUUCGGACUCGUCCGACCCGACAAUCUACUACCCGUCCCCACCGCACAACGGAACUGUAUGGCAUCGGACGAUCUUUAACCUCGUGCACAGCCUGAACCGGAUUCUCCGAGACGGAGUGCGUACACUGGAUACGGAGUGGGGCGGAGGCGGGAGCGUACAAUGGUUCGACACGUACGGGUUCUUCGAAGAGAUGUACAAUCACCCGGCAAGGUACUUCAACGGGAGUGUCCCGGCGAACGUGACGGGACAGUGUCAUCAGUGUCCUGACCCAGAUGACUGGAGGCAGUGCGGGAUCGGUGAUUGUACUCCAGAUGAGCGAGACUCAUACAUGUGGUGGGACGAGCUCCAUCCCAGCGAGCAAACGGGGAGAAACUUGGCUGCGGAGAUGCAUAGGAAGAUCGAAGGAAAGUCGAAGUACUAA